AUGGAUAAAAGUGGUUCCACGGAUCUCCAUAAUCGAUUAUCUCAACACCCUUUUGUAAUGGGAAAUAAGGGAAGUUUAGGAAAGGAAACCUCGUUUUGGUCGUGGCUCAGAUAUGGUUUAUACAACAAGAAGCUGAUGGAGAGGAAGCUUUACCUGGACGACUUUCUGGACAUGUUUGCGGAGACGGCUCAUCUGAUAGAGGAAACCAACGUCACAGCCAUCAUCACAGGGGAUGCUACACCCAUGGACUUGUGGGAUUUCCGAUCCUGGCCAAGCAUACCUCAAAAUUUUGGGAAAGAUGAGCCGGAAGUUCUCACCCCACAUCUGCUAAAGUACAUUCACAGGGAGCGGCCGCCAAAGUUUCUCAUUCAGUAUAGAGAACCAAUCGAAAGAUUAUAUUCAGAUUAUAUAUUUCUGGAAUAUGGAAAAACUCCAGAAGAAUUUCAUAACCACAGCCUCCAAGCCAUUGACAUGAUGAACGCCUGUUUUGGAAACAUCACUAGGAGGCAAUGUUUUUUUAGCGACAAUCUAUACCAAAGUCUGCCAGUGCGGAUACAUCUUGGUUGCUAUUACAUGUUCUUGCAGGAAUGGUUGCAUGUUUUUCCUAGGAGUAGUUUUUUAAUAACAACGAUGGACGAGUACCAGAACGAUAUGGAGAAUACACUAAAGAAGGCUUUUAAAUUCUUAGAUUUGCCUUCUUUACCUGACUCCAAGAUGGCUGAAAUAAUCAACCAGACACGGCGCCACGUCACCAGAAACAAACAGGGAGUAGUGCUUCCCGAAACGGUGAAAGUUCUGCGCCAGUUCUAUGAUAACUGCAACAAGGACACAGCACAACUGUUGAACGAUGACCGGUUUUUGUGGCUGGGCCACUAUUUGUGA